CGUGGGUCUCUUCAGCUGAAGGAUCGAUGUCGAGAUCUCAGUAUUGCUCUCAACCACCAUGUGCCAUUGUACCGACCAACCUCAAACCGGCGGAGUGCCCCAAGUCUGGAGGCCUGACCCAGUCGAGAAACCGACACCGUACUACUCUGGACAGAAUGCUCACCUGAAAGAACAGAACCCCAUUUUCAGCGAAGAUAUCUUGGCGACAAUCGAAGAGAAGAUUAAAGAACUCGAUGGGGAAUUGAGAGAACUCAGCCUGGAUAUACAUGCACACCCUGAGCUGGGAUAUGAAGAAUAUCACGCGCACGAGGCUUAUACCAAGUUCAUGAUCAAACAUGGAUGGGACGUCGACAAGUCUUUCCAUCUCCCAACGGCGUGGAGGGCGACCUAUCAGCGCGGCAAGGGUGGCCGGACCAUCGGUAUCAAUUCUGAGAUGGAUGCUCUCAAAGGCAUCGGCCAUGCCUGCGGCCACAAUCUCAUUGGUAUCUCUGGUGUGGCCGUUGCCAUCGCCAUUCGAACUGCUCUCGAAAAGCACGACCUCGAGGGCAAGAUUGUCCUGCUCGGUACUCCCGCCGAGGAGGGAGGUUCUGGCAAGGUGGUUCUCCUCGAGAAAGGAGCCUAUGAGGGCAUCGACGCGUGCUUGAUGUGUCACCCCGCUCCAGGACCAGUGGGAUCAGUCAGCUUGACCAGCUCGUUGGCCCUCGACCGGAUCAUCGUAGAGUACUUUGGACACACAGCUCACGCAGCUCUUUCGCCAUGGGAGGGCAAGAACGCCCUUGAUGCUGCCGUUUUGGGGUACAAUAAUAUCUCUGCUCUCCGGCAGCAACUGAAGCCGACCCACCGGGUCCAUGGAAUCUUCGAAGGAAAGGAUUGGGCCCCGAACAUCAUCCCCGACUAUGCAAAGUUCAUCUGCUACGUUCGGGCGCCUACCCGUAAAGAGAUGGAAGAGUCGGUGCAAAGGGUAUUGCCUUGCUUCAAAGCCGCGGGCCUCGCGACUGGCUGCGAGGUUAAGAUUGAGAGGGUGGGGGCCGUCUACGACCUUCGACAGAACAAGGCUCUUGGAGAGGAAGUUGCCAAUAUCGUUCUGAACAAGUACGGUUCGAUCGAUUACGAGUGGGGUAUCAAGAGUGCCUCGACUGAUUUCGGUAAUGUAACUUAUGCGAUGCCUUCGCUUCAUCCUGGUUUCUCGAUCCCGACAGAAAAAGACGGUGGUAACCAUACCCCCGCUUUCGCAAAAUCUGCAGCAACGAUUGAGGCACAUUACGCGUGCUUGGAUGUGAGCAAGGCAUUGGCCGCCACUGGCGUAAGGUUCUUGAUCGACGAUUCGUUCUUCGAACGCGUGAAGAAGACAUUCGAGGAGGAUAAACUGCUCAGAGACUUGUCUUAA